AUGAGUGUGUCCGGGAACGGCACCAUGGAGAAGCCCACGGUGUCGGAGCCCACUCGCUCCGAGCCGGGCUCCCCCACCAACACCCUGGGGGGGUCGGGGGUGGUGGUGCCCCCGCCCUACUCCCGGGGGGGCGCUGAGGGGGAGGGGCUGGAGCUGCGGGGGUCCCUGGACUGCUGGGCGUGCUCCGUGCUGGUCACCGCCCAGAACCUGCUGGUCGCCGUGGUGAACGGCUGUCUGGCCGCGCUCGUGUUCGGGACCAUCCUCACGCCCUCGCUGGUCAUGGUGGUGUUCGGCUUCCUGUGCCACUCCACCGUCCAGCCCCACGGGACCUCGCUGUACUGCUCCGACCUGCUGGAGGACGGGGGCUGCGUGGCCCUGCUGGUGGUGGGCUUCCUGCUGCUGCCCCCCCUGCUGGUGCUGGCCCUGGCCGCCUACUGCCGGCUGGCCCGCCACCUGCAGCUGGGCCUCUGCUUCGUGCCCUACAGCCGCGCCGUCUACAAGAACCUGCCCGCCGCCCGGCACCGCGGCCCGGGGGCCCGCGGCUGCUGCGGGGGGGGGCCCCCGGGGGCCGUGGGGGACCGGGAGGGAAAGGGGAGCGUCUGGGUGUGA